AUGGCUUCCAAACUCAUGCAUGCAGUUCAAUAUGAUUCCUAUGGUGGAGGUCCCUCUGGAUUGAAGCAUGUUGAAGUUCCUGUUCCAAUUCCAAAGACCAAUGAGGUUUUAAUCAAAUUGGAAGCAACAAGCAUUAACCCAGUUGAUUGGAAGAUUCAAAGCGGUCUUCUUCGCCCUUUAUUGCCACGAAAAUUUCCCUUCAUUCCUUGCACUGAUGUAUCAGGAGAGGUUGUAGAGGUUGGACCGCAAGUCAACGAUUUUAAAGUUGGAGACAAAGUUAUUACCAAACUCACAAAUCCAUAUGCAGGUGGACUAGCUGAGUUUGCGGUGGUUGCUGAGAGCUCAACAGCUGCCAGACCAUCUGAAGUCUCCGCAGCUGAAGCAGCGAGUUUACCUGUAGCCGGUCAAACAGCUCGUGAUGUGCUCACCCAAGUUGGGGGAGUUAAGUUUGAUGGGACUGGUGAGCCCAAGAACAUUUUGGUAACUGCUGCUUCAGGUGGUGUAGGUGUAUUUGUUGUUCAACUUGCAAAACUAGGGAACAACCAUGUGACAGCUACUUGUGGUGCUCGCAACAUUGACCUUAUCAAGAGCUUAGGUGCCGAUGAGGUUCUCGACUACAAGACUCCAGAAGGAGCAUCGCUAAAAAGUCCUUCUGGUAGGAAAUAUGAUGUAGUGAUACAUUGUACUGCUGGAAUACCAUGGUCAGUUUUUGAGCCUAAUUUGUCGGAAAAUGGGGUUGUAGCGGAUAUAACACCUGGCCCGAGAUCAAUGUGGACUUUUGCGGUGAAGAAACUUACCUUUUCGAAGAAGCAGUGGGUGCCGUUUCUUUUAACUCCAACUCGCGAGGGCUUAGAACAUCUCGGUCAGUUAGUGAAGGAUGGAAAACUCAAGACAAUUAUUGACUCCAAGUUUCCUUUGAGCAAAGCUGAAGAUGCUUGGGCUAAGAGCAUCGAUGGCCAUGCUACUGGAAAAAUCAUAGUGGAGCAAUAGGCAUUGUUUUCUUGGAGUCAAAGUAACCCGACACUAAUGCAUUUGAUUAU